GAAUUCUUAUUCACCAUGUCUAGGCGUAUACUGGUUACUGUUUUUCUUCUGGUGGCGUUGCUCGGAUUGAGUUUGAUGCCAUCUAGCCAAGCACGGCCAAAACGAGGUCGGAAAAGGGCAUUUGGUGUUGGCCUUUUGGGCGGAGCCCUAGCCGGAGCCGUCAUUGGAAAUGUUGUGGCUAAAUCCCACGCUCCUCCAGCGCCGGCGCCUGCCCCUGCUCCUGUGGCCCAGGUGCAUCACUACUACCAGCCAGCUGUUCCUCCUGUCAUUACCGCUCCGGUUGCAGUACCCGUGGCCGUUCAGCCUGAUCCCAAGAAGAUGACAGUGAUUGAAACUGGUACUCCUGAUGCCAAUGGAUGCUACAAACAGACCAUUAGAGAGCCCAAUCCCAGCAACCCUAAGACUUACACCGAAACUGAGCACCUGAUAUGUCCCACCCUGCAAGCCAAUGUCCCUCCACCGGCUAUAGCUCCUAGUCCUGUUCAAGUUCCUGUGAUGCCACAGCCUGUGCCAGUCAUACAUGUUCCAGCUGCUGCUCCUCCUGCUUCGGUGCCUGCAGCAGCACCUGCUCCUGCUGUUGCUCCUGUGGCACAUGCUUCUGUGGCACCAGCUCCUAUUUCUCCCGUCCAUUUAAGUUAUCCGCCUGUGGCUCAUCCUUCAGCCGCUGCUCCAGUUCCAGCUUCGGCUCCUCUUCCUGUUCCUGCACCUGCUCCCGUUCCGGUUUCCCCUCCUGGCCACGCUCCAGCUCCAGUCCCCGCUUCAGCGCCCGCUCCAGCUCCCAUUCCUGUUCCGGCUCCCGUUCCCGCUUCCAAUCCCGCCAUGCCCCAAAAUCCUCAUGUGAUUGUAUUGUCCAAGAAAACGGUUUACUAUCCCAAGAAAAAGUCCUUGGCACCCACACUAAGUAUUCCACAAAGCAUGCUGGUUCUGAUAGUGCUAUUCUAUAGCACCAAAAUGGUUCUAUUUUAAAUUCAAAAACCAAAAACUAGCUUUAUAUAUUAAUUCAAUAGUUUUUAAAGUGUCUCAUAUUUUGACUCAUUUUUGUCUUAAAUAAAAACCGCUGGUUAAUUAAA